AUCAGGCUGGCAUUCACGUAGAAUGUGCGGCAAAGACUGAUGACUGAUGAGUGAUGACUGGUGAGGAACCAGACAAAUGAUGAGUUGAAUCUUUCAAAGUUUGACAGUUCAGUCUCCAAUUUUUUUUUCUCAAAUCAUUGGUACUGUGUACAAGCUUGAAGCUUCCUGGAAACAGCCCCUCCUCCACGGGUUUGUUCAACCAUGUCCAAAGCAAGCAAGAAGAAACGAAGGACGAUAAUGGCUCUGGUCGGGCAGGUGGCGACGGUGGCGCAGCUGGUGGGCGUGGACGCGUUCAGCCUCAUCACGAUGAUCGCGGAGGCGGCGCAGACGGCGCGGCGGAACCGCGCCGUGUGCCGGCAGCUGGCCCGGCGCGUGGAGAUGAUCGGCAGCCUGCUCCGGCGGCUGCGCGAGCAGGACGACAACGACGACAUGCGGCUGCUGCGGCACGCGGAGACGCGCGGCCCCGUGGAGGCGCUGGAGGAGACGCUCCGGCGCGCCUACCUGCUGGUGCGGUCCUGCCAGCGGCGCGGGUACGCGUUCCGCUGCCUGAUGGGGGCGCGGCACGCGGACGAGCUCCGCGAGAUGCAGGGCGAGAUCGGCUUCUACCUCGACCUCUUCCCCCUCAUCAGCUACGUCGACUGGGCGAGGCGUCGCGGCAACGGCAACGGCAAGGCCGCCUGUGGUGACACUCGUUCUUUGCAAGAGGCACCUAUGGUAAGACCAUGUCUUGUGCCGUUCCUGUUUCUCUCGCUCCUGCGAUGGAUGCAAUUGUUCAGGGAGUACGUCAUGCACCUGCUCUGCUUAUCAGCUUAUGUUUACUGACGUGUGUAUCUGUGAAAUCAUUUUGCAUGUUAAUUUUCAUUAACAAUGAUCUAGCUAGCUAGCUAGCACCUUAAUUUUCAUUGCUGGGAAACAAGCUAGCUAGCUACUAGUAUGCAGCUGUUGUUGGUCCUCUGUUUUUCGGACUACUAUCUGUCGAGUUCAGGUGAAAUUGCCUUUCUUUUUUGAACCAGAUUAAAUAGGUAUGUUGGAAUAAUCCUAUUUUUUUCCUCUUGGGAACGCAACCAGCACACGUUCAUCAGGAGUGUUUCUGUUUGGCCUGGCUAUCUGUUUCGGUUUGGAUACAUACAGAUAGCUUACCUUCUUGGUUCAUCAGGAGUGCAAAGUUGCAGGAUCUCAGGCGGCGCUGACGAUGACGCAGCAGCCCUGGAGCCUUCCACGGCCGAGCAAGGACGAGUAGGAAGGAGGGCCACAUGCGUCGUGGCCCCGUGACACCUGCUUCACGUUCUCUCAGGAAAAAAAAUCUGCAAAAAAAUCUGCAAUUUUAAUUUUAUGACGCACAGCGAAAAGCCCAAAAGGAGGGGGGGGAAGAUGCUGUCGAUACAGAUCGUUCGAUCCACACGGGAAGAUCUGAAGCAUGAGAGCAUGUCUGAAACAGUCGAGAUGUCAGACAUGUCCUGCCGCCAUUUUAUUUUUUACCCGCUCAUGUACGGGGGUUAUUUUUUUUUCGUAUUUCUUUCCUCAGCGGCGCUGCAGAAUAGAACCGAUCGAGGCGGAGUUGUCUGUCAUCUCAUCAUCUCUCAGUAAUAUUCACACGCGCUGCGUCUCUCCCAAGGGCGCCGCCAACUUGUACA